GGGGUGGACCCGCCACCCCAGGCGAGGUGCACUUCCGUGUGACAAGGUUCAUCAUGGAGGCAGGUGUCAAGCUAGGGAUGCAGUCCAUUCCCGUCGCCACCGCCUGUGCCAUUUACCAUAAGUUCUUCUGCGAGAUCAACGUGGACGCCUAUGACCCCUACUUGGUCGCCAUGUCUGCCCUUUACUUGGCUGGCAAAGUGGAAGAACAGCCCCUGCGAACGCGUGACAUCAUCAACGUGUCCAACAGGUACUUCCACCCGGGCAGCGAGCCCUUGGAACUGGACUCCGGAUUCUGGGUGAUCCGGGACAGCAUUGUGCAGUGCGAGCUCCUUGUGCUGCGGGUACUGCGCUUCCAAGUCUCCUUUCAGCACCCACACAAGUACCUGCUCCACUACCUGAUUUCUCUCAAGAACUGGCUGAAUCGUUACAGCUGGCAACGGACCCCCAUCUCCGUCACUGCCUGGGCCCUGCUGCGGGACAGCUACCACGGGGGGCUGUGCCUCCGGUUCCAGGCUCAGCACAUAGCGGUGGCGGUGCUCCACCUGGCCCUGCAGGUCUAUGGGGUCGAGGUGCCCGCCGAGGCCGAGGCCGAGAAGCCAUGGUGGCAGAUUUAUACCAUGGACACAGAGAUCCCCUAAGGCCCUGGUCCAGGCCUGCCCAAAGAGAAGCCUGGGACGCUCGGCUGCCAGGGGACGGCGCCACCACAUCGCCGUGACGGCCGGUCCCCAGAGGACUGGCUGGGAGGACUGGUUUUGUGCUGCUGGAGAAGGGCCGGUGAAGGCGAUGACAUGCUGCCACUUUGAUUCUCAGGCUUUGACUGUCCCCGGCAGCCAUGGUCCAGAUGGUGACGGGAGCUGCACCUCCCGCGGGCAGGAGCGUGCUGUGGGCGGCUCUGAGGCGUCCGGGUCUGCUUUUGUCCUUUGAAAGGACAGAGACUACAGUCGAGGUUUGGGAUCAGUGGAAGGAAAAUCAAAGAACGUAUGGGACUGUACCCCAGGGGAUUUUUUUAAAGGCCAGAUUUAUAGAAAGUAUGAAUGAAUUAACAUAGAGGAAAUUUUAUUUUGUUUAAUAAAAGAUAUUACAAAGCCA